UUAGACUAGACAGAUUUCCAAACAUGGUUAUGAGAAACAACAUGUUAUUUUCUGUGGGAGGGAGGCCUUGAGAAGGGCACAGCAACUUCCCCAAAUACCUCAAGGGGAAUUCAGUGGGAUGCCGAGUCAUUUUUUAUGUCGACAUGCUUGAGACUAACGUCACCUAGCCUAAACCUACUGUACACGCCACAUUAUGACAAGUUCCAUAUGAAGAAUAAGAGUAUAUUUUCUCCCGUGUGCGUCAGGUGUGUUUUCUCCCGUGUGCGUCAGGUGUGUCAGAGAACGCCUUCGUCCUCUUGCACCGUUCCUGCCGGUAACACCCACAAGUCAAACUGAUCCCGAAGCACCGCGACGAUUCCAGUUACCUUCUCAACUUGAGCGCGCGCGCUGUCACCGUAAACGAAAAGCCUGAAAGAGGUUCGAACAAACUUGAGCUGCUGAACUGAGCUGCGUGACGGAGGGUCAGAGGUCAGAGGUUGAGACAACAGAGAGGCUCGAAACGUAGAGGCUUGUACUGGGUUGUUGCGUGCCCAACGUGGAGCUGCAGGUGUGUAUAUCAGAGAAAGCAACCCGGGCAGACAGACUGAGGUAACUGGAGCAAGCCCUGUCACUCCCUACAGGACAUACUGAGAGAGAGAGACGCUCUGAGUUACCGACUUACAGGACUUCUCCUACAGGGGUCACCCACCACAACAUGCAGGGGACAAGUGAACACGAACACCAAGACAAUAACAUGGAAGCCACUGCCGUUAAAGAGACAAGCAGACUAUCCAGCCAUCGCAACCAUAGCAACCCUAGCGCGACUGCAGAGCAAGGCCGAGAUUCAGUCAACAGUAACGGCCACACCAGAGGGACGUUGUACCCCACUGAGGUACCGUCUCUACGGGGUCUCAGGAAGACCCAGAGCAGCACAUUGGAGGAGGAAGAGAAGGUCUGGAGGACCAAUAAGAACACGGUGCUGUCCAGAGGAUCUAAUCUAACCCGCUCUGGGAGCGUCAAGGACCUGAUCCACAAGUUCUCAGGCUCAGAGAACGGCGAACCCUCGUCAGUCAAGGAAAACGGCUCACCAGUUCUGUCAAUGGGCGGAUCCCUGCCUGAAGACUCUAACCGGACAAUCAGGAUGUCCACAGCCAGAACUGCGGAGGUACUGGCCUAUCAAAACUCCCAGUCCAACCCAAACACAGCCACUCUCAGUAGUACCACAGUACAGACCCAGAGCCCAGUCAGGAUGUCCACAGCCAAGUCCACCUCCCAGUCCAACCCAGCCAUUCACAGCAGCAGCACCGCAGAGAGCCAGAACCCGGUACCUUCGAUCAAACUAACCCCUCCACCCAUGGAGUCUCAGCCCGGCCUUAAGGGGGCGAAGACGGGAACGCAGCAGCCCAGCAGUCCUUCAGACAGUCAUUCCCAGAAGGGUCAGGGUCAGAGCCAGGGUGGCUCUCACAGAGAUUCCACGGCAGGCUCCGGAUUGGGUUCGGAAUCAGACUUUAAUCCCAACAAGAGGCCUGAAAGUCCCCCAUCUGAAGAUGAGCCAUCCAAUCCCGUCAACGUCCACCAGAACCCCAAAUACCAACUGUACCUGAGUGGAGACGUGACGGGGAACGGUUCCAGGGAUACAAAUGGAACGUUUGGGGGAGACAACGGGAACGGGAUGGAACCCAGGAACAAUUCCCGUUGGGACAGCUCCAGAUUCGGGCCAAACUAUCACGGGUCCCUGGAAUCUCUGGCCUCUCGGGACUGGGACACCAUGUCGGACAGGCUGGGAGGUUUUGAGAGUCCUCCCAGGGUGUUUAACAGCCCCUACGCUACAGCGGCUUCCACGGAGUACAACUCUGGCAUGUACCGGAUGACAGAUUAUAAGGAUGUGAUGUCUCCAGCCACAUCAGAGCUGAACCUGUUCAACAGCUACCACAGCAGGAGUACCAGCCCUGUGCCUUCCUUCACCCGGACUGUGACCGCCCCACGUGCACCCUUCUCAACCUACGACACCAUCAGGAGGCGGGACCAGCAGGUGAUGUCAAGCCAACACCCCAUGCGGUCCGCUAUGUCGUCUGUCGCUAUGCCCAACAAGAGAGACUACAUCGAGGAGUUGACCAGGCAGUUGGAUGCCUGUCAGAAGAGGAACCAGUUCCUGGAGGCAGAGAGCGUAGAGAUGGACAAGGAGAGGAACCAGAUCAGGUUGGAGAUGAGAGGCCUGUUGGUGAACAACGAGGACCUUCUCAGAACCAACAGUACCCUGCAGAUGGAGAUGAGUAGGAUGAGGAUGAGGAUGGUAGAGCUGGAGAGAGACAACAUGGCCAUGACGGACCGCUUCAUAGUUAUGGAGACGGAGCUGACCGAGGCCAGAGAGAUGAUGGUGGAGGCCAACACUCAGGAAUAUGCCUUCAACUUCCUGCAGCAGUCUCUGAAGAAUAAGAUACAGGACGCUGAGGAGGCGCUGGAGAAGCAGACGCUCCAUGCCGAGGGUCUGUCCGAGAAGCUGUGGCUGUCUGAGAGACAGUUGGAGGAGCUAGCGGUGGACAAGGAGACACGGGAUAAGAGGACAUCAGGGCUCAGUGACACUGUCUUCAGACUGGAGACUGAGCUAGGGGAGGUCCAACAGAGAGCCACCCAAGCCUUAGCAGAGCUCAGUCUGCACCAGAAGCUACGAGAUGGUGACCAGCUGAGGGUAAAGGAGCUGGAAGAGACUAUACUGGAGAAGAGUCAGGAGCUGCAGAGAGCCCAGCAGACUGUCAGAAGCCUCCAGGGACAGGUGUCAGGUAAACUAAUAGAUAAGGAGCGUUCCCUGGAGGAGGAGAUCCAGCUGAGAGAGAGAAUCCAGCUGCAGUUGAAGCAGGCAGAGAGGAGCGUAGAGGACCUGAAGAUAGAGCUACAGACUGCUGCACAGACCAAGGAGGACCUGGACAAGCAACUCAAACAGGCUCAGGAGAAAGCGAUAGAUCUUGAGAGCGACCUGGAGGAGAUGCAGGACAGUGAACAGAGUUGGGCCAGGAAGCACAAGAGAGCCAUGGAGCAGACAGAACAGCUCCAGCUGAAGUUGAUUCAGGAGAAAUAUGUGAAUGAGCAGCUGGACAGUGAGAAGAUCAACCUGAUGAGACAGCUGCGUGACCUGCGUAUGGAGAUGGAGGAACUUCACAACUCCAGAGUCCAGGUGGAUGUGAUCACUAUGACAGAGAUCCGGGCCAAGGAGCUGGAGAACGCUCUCAGAGUGGAGGAGAGGAACAAGGUGGUGAUGAACAAUACCAUCAGUAAACUGGAGAGGAAGAACAACGAACUGUCUGGUCAGCUGGAGGAGGAACAGAAGAUCGCUACAGAGCAGAAGGAACUGAUGACCCAGAGGAUGCGUUACCUGAAGCGUCAGCUAAACGAGGCAGAGGAGGAGUCUAGUCGUAGAGACGCUCAGUACCGACACACCCAGAGAGAACUGACAGAGGAGAGAGAGACCUCCACCAGACUACAGAGACAGCUCCUGGACCAGCACCUUCAACUCAAGCGUAAGGAGUCCACCAUGCAAAUGAGACAGACUCUGGAGAACCUGCGUCUGGAUCUCAGUGUAGAUGAAGAGGACCAGGCUGACCCGGUACCAACAUCCUCCAAGGCCUGAAGAAAGACAACAUACUAGCCUUUUUCAAUACACCUUUAUUGAUAAAGGUUAGAGUGAUACCCCUAAUACCACCACUAAUAGACUUGACAAGAAACAACACAUUCUACACUGGCACCAAUACUGUCAUUUAUCGUAGAAUACAGUGCCCACAAGUUAAGUGUUCAAAUCUUAUUUAGCCUCUUUCUCUGUACUAUUGAAAUGUAAAGCAUUUUGUCUUUAGUUUUUGUUUUCCAAAAGCGGUUAUGGUUAUUAACUAAAGGUCCAAUGCAGCUGUUAUUAUCUCAAUAUUAACUCAUUUCUGGGUAACAAUUAUCUUACUGUGAUUGUUUUCAAUCAAAAUGGUCAAAAAAGAAACAAAAAUGGCUUCUUAGCAAAGAGGAUUUUUUUUUAAACAAGUUUUUGCUAGGACUGUCUGGGAGUGGGGAGGGGGAAACUGAAAACUAGCUGUUAUUGGUAGAGAGGUUUGGAACUCUCUUUCUUAUUGGUCUAUUAACUCAUUUACCGCCUGGUGAUGUCACCAGUUAAGCCAAAACUCCAUCCCACCAAAACAGGCUAAAACUUCUGGCUGUCUUUUCAAACAGCUCUUUCACUAAAAAGGUUAUUAUCAUAAUUUAAACAAUUUCACAGUAUUAUUCCAACCUCAUAGUGUGGAAAUAUAGAUAUAAAACACAGGAAAAUCAUGGUUUUAUUUUGAGGAGGAGGGGGGGGGGGGGGAAUCUGUAGAAUGUAAAGAAGUAGUUGAAGUGUUGUGAUUCUUUUGAAUCAAAUCAAGCUUUAUUUAAACAGCAGAAGAGAUUACAGUAUAUCAAAGCUUUAUUUAAACAGCAGAAAAGAUUACAGUAUAUCAAAGCUUUAUUUAAACAGCAGAAGAGGUUACAGUAUAUCAAAGCUUUAUUUAUACAGCAGAAGGGAUUACAGUAUAUCAAGCUAGCUUUCCCUGUACACUCAUGGCAUGUGUUUUAGCGAAGAACAGGGCUAAUAAUCAAUAAAUAAUCAUUAUAUGAUCAUAUAAGACUUUGGGUUUAAGUAGUUUGGAGGAUUUGGACAAUAUUUCCUACAAUUUACCAACUAAUCUGUUGCAUUACCGUGUUAAUUUUAUUAUAAAUAUCUUACUUCCAUACAGUAUUGAUAUUACCUGCUACACUAUACACUUUGAUUUAUUUUAUAUACAGUAAUAUGAAAAAACUUUUGUUUUAUAUACAGAAUAUGAAAACUUUUAUUUUAUAUACAGUAUAUGAAAAAACUUUUAUUUUAUAUACAGUAUAUGAAAAAGCUUUCAUUUUAUAUACAGUAUAUGAAAAAGCUUUUAUUUUAUAUACAGUAUAUGAAAAAGCUUUUAUUUUACACCCACUGAGCGGAACGUGGAAGUGUCUUCCAUUUGCAAUGCUUGAAGGACAGACAGACUGUGCAUGAAUGAUUGGACUAUAAUACAAGCCUGUGAAUGAUUGGACUAUAAUACAAGCCUGUGAAUGAUUGGAGUACAAUACAAGCCUGUGAAUGAUUGGACUACAAUACAAGCCUGUGAAUGAUUGGACUACAAAACAAGCCUGUGAAUGAUUGGACUAUAAUACAAGCCUGUGAAUGAUUGGACUACAAAACAAGCCUAUGAAUGAUUGGACUACAAAACAAGCCUAUGAAUGAUUGGACUACAAAACAAGCCUAUGAAUGAUUGGACUACAAUACAAGCCUAUGAAUGAUUGGACUACAAUACAAGCCUGUGAAUGAUUGGACUACAAUACAAGCCUGUGAAUGAUUGGACUACAAAACAAGCCUAUGAAUGAUUGGACUACAAAACAAGCCUAUGAAUGAUUGGACUACAAAACAAGCCUAUGAAUGAUUGGACUACAAAACAAGCCUAUGAAUGAUUGGACUACAAUACAAGCCUGUGAAUGAUUGGACUACAAAACAAGCCUAUGAAUGAUUGGACUACAAUACAAGCCUGUGAAUGAUUGGACUACAAAACAAGCCUAUGAAUGAUUGGACUACAAAACAAGCCUGUGAAUGAUUGGACUACAAAACAAGCCUAUGAAUGAUUGGACUACAAAACAAGCCUGUGAAUGAUUGGACUACAAAACAAGCCUAUGAAUGAUUGGACUACAAAACAAGCCUGUGAAUGAUUGGACUACAAUACAAGCCUGUGAAUGAUUGGACUAAAACAUAAGCUUAUGAAUGAUUGGACUACAAAACAAGCCUAUGAAUGAUUGGACUACAAAACAAGCCUGUGAAUGAUUGGACUACAAUACAAGCCUGUGAAUGAUUGGACUAAAACAUAAGCUUAUGAAUGAUUGGACUACAAAACAAGCCUAUGAAUGAUUGGACUACAAUACAAGCCUAUGAAUGAUUGGACUACAAAACAAGCCUAUGAAUGAUUGGACUAUAAUACAAGCCUAUGAAUGAUUGGACUACAAUACAAGCCUAUGAAUGAUUGGACUACAAUACAAGCCUGUGAAUGAUUGGACUAUAAUACAAGCCUGUGUGAAUGAUUGGACUACAAUACAAGCCUGUGAAUGAUUGGACUACAAUACAAGCCUGUGAAUGAUUGGACUACAAUACAAGCCUGUGAAUGAUUGGACUACAAUACAAGCCUGUGAAUGAUUGGACUACAAUACAAGCCUGUGUGAGCAUGAACAGUAUGUUCCACAACGGACUGUUUACAAAUGAUAAAAUGUUUUUUUGUCACAUACAUGUCACAUACAUAGGUUCAGUGAAAUGUCUUGUUUUACAGGGUCAUCCAUUGUAGUACGGCACCCCUGGGGCAAACUAGGGUUAAGUGGCUUGCUGAAGGGCAAAUCACAGAUUUUUCACCUUGUUGGCUUGGAUAUUCGAACUAGACUUUUCGGUUACUGGCCCAACGCUCUAACUGCUAGGCUGCCUACCGCCCUACAACAACUUUACAACCCUGUGUAUAGCCAAGUUAUCGAUUCUCAUUUUGUAUUUAUAAUUACUUUUUUUUUUAUUAGUUCUCUAUUUUCUUUCUCUCUGCGUUGUUGGGAAGGACCCUUCAGUAAGCAUUUCACUGUUAGUCUACACCUGUUUAUGAAGCAUGUGACAAAUAACAAGUUAUUAUGAUUUGAUUUGAUGACAACAGAAACAACAGCAGCAAUAACCAGAGGUGUGGACUCAAGUCACAUGACUUGGACUCGAGUCACAAAUAUAAUGACUUCCUACUCGACUUUGACUUUAACACCAAUGACUCGUGACUUGACUUGGACUUGAGCCUUAUGACUCGACCUGACUUGAUACCCUCCCCGAGCCCAAAUAUUAAAAAUGAUGCUAUUAAAAAAAAAGUGUGCAGCGCAUCAACUCUUCAUUUAACGGAUUACAGUUUGAAUCGGACAGCAGCCAAUCAAAUUGUGGCAGCGGAGAAAAAGUUGCGCGUGGCGGUGCAGAGGAACGUCGGCGGGUGAAUUCAGACGGAGCCCUUGUAAAGAUGAUACCAAAAAUUAUAUAAAGACUACGCUGUAGUCAACAAAGAACGGAUUGCAACUUGCAAAACAUGUCGGAAGAAAAUUACAGACCGAGGCGCAACAACUUCCAACUUUGUUCGACAUUUGAAGCUGCACAAAGAACGUUAAGUCGUGGCUAAUAUAGCCGACAGCUAUAUAUAACGUUGCUAGUGUAGCAUGUAGGCUAACGUAACAUUAAAUGAAUGAGCCUCAACACAGUCAGUCAGUGCGGGAACGUAAUCAUUGCACCCAAGAUUGAGCUACAACUGGCUAUAGGAGGUUGGUCGCCUAAAUCCUGCCUGAUGUUACUGCUGUUCCUAAAACCAUUGGCAUACGUUAGCCUACUGUAACCACACACAGAUAGGAUGUGUGUGUUAGGGUUGGGCGAUUGCGCCCCAUAGCGAUCCUCGAUAGUCGUUUGCUAUGGGGGGGGGCGGGUCUUUCUCAUGGCUACCCAUGUAUUUCCAUGGUAAUAUAAAGUUUAUUUGGAAAGUAAUAAAUAUCUAUAUUUGUAAAAGCAUUUAUGAUUUGUGUAAAUGUAAUAUAAUAACUAUUACUCUUGUUAAAAAUAUGAAAUGGUAUUACAUUUGGUGAAGAGCACAUUAUGACUUGUUUAGGACUCAAAACUCAAAGUUUAGGACUUGAGACUUGACUCGGACUUGCCUGUCUUGACUUGGGACUUGUAAAACAACGACUUGAUCCCACCUCUGGCAACAACACUUGUUGCUCAAACCUUGAGAGAGAGGACCAAGACAAACCCUGAGCAGAAGCUCUUAGAGAGAGAGUAAGGACCAAGUCAAACCCUGAGCAGAAGCUCUGAGAGAGAGAGUAAGGACCAAGUCAAACCCUGAGCAGAUUCUCUGAGAGAGAGAGUAAGGACCAAGACAGACUGUUCAAGAGGGAGAUUGUUAUUCUCAGGACAGGGGAAUCUAAAGGGAAUCUAUUCUAUACGAUGUGUGCAUGGUGAAUAGCUGCCGGAGAUUCAUCUAACCAUGGAGCUGAUGUGCUGUUUUGUAGUACAGUAUAGAACAUGGAGACUGUAGCAUGAUGUACUACAGUACCCAUAAUGCCCUGUGUACAACCAUUAGUACCAUAUCUAGAGACCAGUCAGUGUCUAGGCCUAUUGCCCUCUGAUGUUGAUGUUAUCUUCUACUGUAAGUCAAAGAUGCUCAUGCAUACACAAAAUAUGUAAUCACUUACAGGAACUGCGCAUAGCAUGCACUCAGGCUCCACGUAAACAGGAGGUAGGAAGCAGCAGUGAUCUCAUGUUUUUUGAGAAUGUGAUAUCCUAUUUUAUGGUUUUACGUUUGUAUAAAUAGCUGUUUUAUCUGAUGCAAUUAGAUAAACACUAAUCCUUCAGAUAAAAGUAUUUCACAAAAUGUUCCUUUCCCUUUCUUCACAUGCUGGCAAGACCAAAAAGAGAUUCAGGGCCCUCGAGGCCCUGUUUUGCAAUAGACUUCAGUAUAUCUUAAAACAAUGCAAUUUAUUAUGUAUUUUUUGUAACAGCCUUUAUAUGCUUAAGGUGCCGUUGGGUAUUUAUUCUACUUUACAGGUGUUUUAUCUUCCUAAA